UAAAACCCUCACACUAUUUCUCUCUCUCUCUCUCUCUCUCCCUCUCUAACGUAUUUUCUCUCUCUAAAUCCUCUCUCUGUGAAAGUUCUCAGUUUGUUCACUCUCUGUUUAUUGGUUAAGCAAAGCAAAGCAAAAAUGGCGUCCGAAGGAGGUAACCUGAAGUCGACCUCCAUAAACGUUAUGAAGGUGUAUAGUUUGGCAUCACAGAACCACUUUUGGCUUGACCCUAAGAAGCUUCGAGCUCUUCACAAGGGCAAAAAUUACUCGCAAAGGGUGGACUUGAUUCAGGAUCUGAGGUUUGAAACUGCAACCACCAAGAUUAAGGCAACUCCUGAUGGGGAGUUUCUUAUAGUGUCAGGUAUAUAUCCACCACAGGUCAAAGUGUACGAGCUAAGCCAAUUAUCACUAAAGUUUGAGAGGCACUUGGAUUCAGAGAUAAUUGAUUUUCAGGUAAUUUACAUGCUUGCUAAAGACUAUAAUUUACCUAGAGAUUCUGUUUUGUGAGGCAUUUCCAAAUAUACUCAUUCCAAAAAAUGCGAUGAUAUUCGGAAUCUUUAAUGAUGGUUCGUUUCUAGUGGUGUAGAUGAGGCAAGAUCUUGUGCCCAUUUGCAUGGUCAUUGAUAUGUAGAGUGCAAUCUUUUUUCCAAUGUUAUUAUAUUUCCCUUUUGAAAUUCCUAAAUAGUUUCAGUUCAUGCUUUUUAUACAUUGUGAUGGUGUUGACUUCAAGCAGGCCAGCCUAAGUGCUGACUCCUAGGGUAGCUAUCCUUUAUUUUCUUGCUCUUUAAUUUUUGUCUUGCAUCGUUCUGGUUUGUCUUCCGGUAUCCCAAGUGAUAUCAAGGUUGGGUCUGGUGGAUCACGAGAGAUUUCCUUCGUUUCCAGAAGUUCAGUUAAGUACAAGGAAGAUGAUGAGGACAGAGAACAGCAUUGUGGGAAGAAAAGGGGGGGUCCAAUCAUUGGGGCUUAAGCUGGAUAGACCAAGAUUUGGAGGCCGAGGAAGGGGGAGGAAGAGGAAGAGUAGGAGGAGGAGGAGGGAAUUGUGGCAGAGGUAGAAGAGGAAGAGGCAGAGGCAGUUGAUAAAUGUGUCUUGAAUUUGUCUGUGAAUGGUCUCUCAAUUCACCUUAUAGCAUGACCUCGCUGGGUCAAUCUGAUUAUGGUGAUCAGACAACGCAAGUUCAUGACGUUACGAGCUGCUUAGGUUUCCUAUUUAAAUUAUGAAAGUGUUUUUAAUGUUAUAACAAAAAUUUUCGUAAUUCCCCUCUUUUUCCCUCUAGGGGUGAGUAUACGGUACUGCGAUUUUGAUUUUCCAUAUAUAUACAUUAUUAUUCUCAGGU